AUGUCUGAACGCAAUGGUAUUCCGAUAGGUGCACCAACGGCUUCUGGUUGGUUAUAUGUUUAUCCCAAAGGAAUUAGAGAGUUGUUGCUCUAUACCAAAGAAAAGUACAACGAUCCUUUGAUUUAUAUAACUGAAAAUGGUAGAGGAAAUGACGUCUAUGAUGAAAAACAGACACUUGAGGAAGCUCUUAUAGAUAUUUAUAGAAUCGAUUAUUAUUAUCGUCAUCUCUAUUAUCUACUUUCAGCAAUAAGGGAGGGAGUAAAUGUAAAAGGAUAUUUUGCAUGGUCAUUCUUGGACGACUUUGAAUGGGUAGAUGGCUAUUUAGUAGGAUUUGGACUAAACUUUGUUGACAGAAAAAAUGGGUUGAAGCGAUAUCCCAAGCUCUCAGCAAAGUGGUUUAAGAAUUUUCUUGGACCACCGUAUCUCAAGGAAUAGUAGCAUUGUACACAC